UAAUCCCAGACGACGCCGUAUUACGAGUUUCCUCUUUCAAACGACGGCGUUUGCGUGGCGGAAAAACCCAGGCACGAACAAAAAUUGGAAAAUUUUGAAAAUAGGAAUCUUGUGAGGUAGAAAUAGGGUGAGUCGCAGAAAAUGACACAAGGGACUGGGAGAGGCGGAGACUGUGUGUGUGCAGCGAAAUACUCUUUUCUUUUUUGAUUUGCCGAGCCGUGGGUCGGACAUUUUCUUAGACUGACGGAGCUGAUCGGAGCCCAAGAGAGCUUCUGGGAAGGGCCCUGCAGCGAAGAGCUUUUUCCUUCUCAGCAGCCAUUUGGCACCUGUGGAAACUCCGAGAAGGUGGUUUCGUGGGUCUGAAUGUGGGUAUUGUUGAUGUAGGUGAAGAGGCAAAACCCUUAGAAAUCAUGUUCACCGAAGGCCUUGACACCAAUGCACUUCGUUGGGUCAGAGAGGGCUCUGUUCCAUCAUCAAUGUCGAGCUACAGAACCCGGAUUGAUCCGGUUACAGGCGUUGGAAGUGCGGGGCGGGGAUUCGCGAUGCCUCCGCCCGCAAAAUUCCGAAGUGGGCACUUGCCACUGGGCGCAAUUCCAAGGCCGAUUCCAGAUGAUACCGGAGAUAGUGUGUCUGGUUCUGACCCAGAUCUAUCCACCGAUUCGGAGGGGGAGGGUUAUGGUGGAAGAUACUCUCUUGACUCCUCCCCACAGGAUGGUAGGAUUCCCAAUGGUUCCGUUCUAAGACGAAGAAAACCCUUGCAAGGACGGCCACCUUAUGGGAGUGAUUACAUGUACUCCGAUGUUAGCUCCUCGAUGGAGACAGUUGGAAGGAGGGCGGGGAGUGGAGCAGAGCGAUUGGCCGUGGGGAGUGGAAGAUACCCAGUUGGAGUGAAUGGUUAUUCGGAGGAUGAAGAUGAGUUGUCCAAUUCUGUUUCUAGCUCAGAAUUUUCCUCUACACAAGUUGAGAGCAACAAUAGAGCGGUGCCUCAUGCAAGAGUUUAUGCCUCGGAGGGCUAUGCUUCCAGUGUUCCUUCACAGCUGAACGCGGAAAGUGCUGCCCAAAAGGAGUUGCAAGCUAAAGACGUGCAGAAUGGAGAGUUUUCUGAUGAUGAUUAUGAUGAUGAUAAUGAUGAUGUUCCUAGUGCACCUCCAUUUUGCAGUUCUGUUCAGGAAAUCAACCAAGGUUCUGAGCAAAUUCCAGUCUCUGGAGCAAAUAUUACACCACGCAUAGCUGAGUCACGUGGCAUCUCAAAUAGGUAUGCAUCAAGUGCGUUAAAAGACACGCCAGUGGUUAAUGCAGAGGAUAAUGCUGGGAGUAGGACUCCCAAUCAGUUUGUAAGGACUACUGCUAGUGAUAAAGCUGCUGCAUCUUCAAAUUCAUAUCGAGCUCGCCCCCCCACCUUUCAUGCAAGUGCACAAGGGCCAUGGCUUGCUGUGAUUGCAUAUGAUGCAUGUGUUCGGCUUUGUCUCCAUGCUUGGGCAAAAGGUUGCGAGGAAGCUCCCACGUUCUUGGAAAAUGAAUGUGCUUUGUUGCGAAACGUAUUUGGUUUGCAGCAAGUGCUCUUACAAUCAGAGGAUGAACUAUUAUUACACCGCUCUUCAGAGCGUGCUGGUGAAGGUGCCGCUCCAAAGCCAAAGAAUAUCAUCGGGAAGAUGAAGGUGCAAGUUCGUAAAGUGAAAAUGACUCUGGAUCCACCAACGGGAUGCAGUUUUUCAUCUCUAAAGGCACCCAUGAUAAAGCCGGAAUCUGUUCAAUAUUGCUUCACCAAUUUACAAUCAACACUUUCUUCUAGAUGGAAAGCACUUCGGAAAAGUCAUGUUGCUCCACGUGCACCUGUCCGUGUCGCACGUCAGAGUUUAGCAUAUGUGCAUGCUGGUACUCAGUAUAUAAGGCAGGUGUCUGGGCUUCUGAAAAGUAGUGUAACAACACUACGCAAUAGUUCAUCAUCAUAUGAAGAUAUGCAAGAAACAUACUCUUGUUUGUUAAGAUUAAAAAGUUCAGCUGUGGAGGAUGCCAUUCGGAUGCAACCUGGAUCUGGUGAAACACAUGUUUUCUUCCCAGAUAGUCUGGGAGAUGAUCUAAUUGUUGAAGUCCGGGAUUCCAAGGGAAAGCUUUAUGGUCGUGUGCUUGCACAAGUGGCUGCUAUUGCUGAAGACCCGAGUGACAAGCUGCGGUGGUGGUCCAUUUACCAUGAGCCAGAGCACGACCUUGUUGGCAAAGUUCAACUAUACAUAAAUUAUUCAACGAGUUUGGAUGAAAAUAGUCACCUUAAGUGUGGCUCCAUUGCAGAAACUGUAGCAUAUGAUCUGGUAUUAGAAGUUGCGAUGAAAGCACAACAUUUUCAACAAAGAAAUUUAUUGCUACAUGGCCAAUGGAAGUGGUUGCUAGCUGAGUUUGCUUCAUAUUAUGGGGUUUCUGAGGCAUAUACCAAGCUAAGAUAUCUUUCGUUUGUCAUGGAUGUGGCUACACCAACUGCUGACUGCCUGACUUUGGUUUAUAAUUUGUUGUUGCCUGUUGUUAUGAAAGGACGUAAUAAGAGCACAUUAAGUCAUCAGGAGAAUCGAAUCUUGGGGGACAUUAAGGAUCAAAUUGAGCAGAUUCUUGCUCAGGUAUUUGAGAACUAUAAAUCCCUUGAUGAAUCAUUACCUUCAGGGAUUGUGGAUGUCUUCAGGCCUGCAACUGGGCUUGCAGCUCCGGUGUUGGCACCUGCUGUAAAACUAUACAGUCUUCUUCGUGAUAUACUAUCUCCUGAGGCGCAGAUCAACCUGUGCCGCUAUUUCCAGGUGGCUGCGAAAAAGAGGUCAAAAUGGCACUUGGCUGAGACAGAUGAAUUUGUUACCAACAAUAAUGAAGGCAAUUUGAUGGAUGCUCUAACUAUUUCUACUGCCUACCAGAAAAUGAAAUCACUGUGCUUGAACAUUAGAAAUGAAAUUUUUACAGAUAUAGAGAUCCACAAUCAACAUAUAUUACCCAGCUUUAUAGAUCUACCCAAUCUGUCUUCAUCAAUAUAUAGCGCUGAUCUUUUCAAUAGACUGCGUGCAUUCCUCAUUGCAUGCCCUCCGUCUGGACCUACACCUCCUGUAGCUGAUCUUGUUGUUGCAACUGCAAAUUUUCAGAGGGAUCUUGACAGCUUGAACAUUAAUCCUGUCAAAGGUGGAGUUGAUGCAAAAGAAUUGUUCCAUUUGUAUAUUGUGCUCUGGAUUCAAGACAAACGUCUUUCCUUGCUCGAGUCAUGCAAAUUAGAUAAGGUUAAAUGGUCAGGAGUCAGGACCCAACAUUCAACAACUCCUUUUGUUGAUGAUAUGUAUGACCGGCUCAAAGAAACUUUGAAUGACUAUGAGAUUAUCAUUUGCCGUUGGCCAGAAUAUACUUCUGUGCUGGAAAAUGCAAUGGCUGACAUUGAGAAGGCAAUUGUGGAGGCCUUGGAUAAGCAGUAUGCAGAUGUUUUAUUGCCAUUGAAGGAAAAUCUGACACCUAAAAAGUUUGGCUUCAAGUAUGUCCAGAAACUGGCCAAACGAUCUGGAUGUCCCUAUGUGGCCCCUGAUGAGCUGGGAAUCCUUUUGAAUUCCAUGAAGAGAAUGUUGGAUGUUCUUCGCCCAAAGAUUGAAACUCAGCUGAAGUCAUGGGGUUCUUGCAUCCCUGAUGGUGCGAAUUCUGUUCCUGGAGAGCGUCUUAGCGAAGUGACAGUGAUGUUGAGGGCCAAGUUCAGAAAUUAUUUGCAAGCUGUUGUGGAAAAACUUGCUGAGAAUUCAAGGUUACAUAGUGGCACAAAAUUAAAGAAGAUUCUCCAAGAUUCAAAGGAGACUGUUGUAGAAUCAGACUUACGAAGUAGGAUGCAGCCACUGAUAGACCAGAUGACAAGUACAAUAAAUCAUCUUCAUACUGUUUUUGAGACUCAUGUCUUCAUUGCAAUCUGCCGAGGCUAUUGGGACCGGAUGGGACAAGAUGUUCUUAAUUUCUUGGAGAACAGGAAAGAAAAUAGAUCUUGGUAUAAAGGAUCACGAGUUGCAGUGGCUAUUCUGGAUGAUACACUUGCAUCCCAGAUGCAGCGACUGCUGGGGAAUGCUCUACAAGAUAAAGAUCUGGAGCCACCUAGGUCUAUUAUGGAAGUGCGUUCGAUGCUUUGUAAAGACACAUCCAAUCGAAAGGACAACACAUUCUACUAUUAGAUCUAAUUAUUACUUGUGUAGAUAUGAGUGGGAGUAUGACUCUUGUCAUCAAACUAUCAAAGAAAGAGCUCGAAAUUCCUAGGCAGUGGAUGAUAGAUGGCAACCAAGAUUGCAGUCAAUUCUCAAGCCACAGGUGCCUGCCAAUUUUGAGAGUAGCAAGCGACUCGGUUGCUUUGGGUUAAAAAUAUAGAUUAGUGCAAAAUUUAAUGUUGUUUCUCCACAUGAGUUAAUAGCUUCGCCUUCACAAAUUGCCAAUAUCCAUUAUAAUUGUAAUCAUGCCACUGGAUUUGUAAGAAGUACAACUAGAGAGCCCUCCAGAAUCAAUGAUCGGGAAUGAGACUGCAAGCAUAUGUAGUAGUUUGCUGAACAAA